AUGGAAAACCCCACAAACGGUAGUUUCCAACACCUUUUGGUGAAGGGCGCACAGAACGGGCGUGUACAGGCACAACACCGCCGUGGAGCUGCUACACCCUUUCCAAGGAAUGAUACUCCUCACUGGCGACAGAAUGAGCCAGCCUCUCUAGGCCGAGGACCCGGGCGAUCUCCAAGGCCAACUGCUCAAGUGUUGAGAAGCCUUCUGCCCCCAACUAGACCCCAAUCUAGGCAACGCUCACCCCAAGCCAUGCAGCCUGCUACGGUAUUUCCCCAGGGGUGGGCUUCAAGCAAGAGUGCCACUAUGGUCAUCAGACCGAUCCCAGAGAACGCGACCCCUUGGGAUAUCCAACAGUUCUUUAGCAGAUUCGGAAAUGUGGCUUUUGUUGAAGUUAGCAGCACCGCAACAAACCCUCAUAGAGCUGCGAAAAUUCGGUUCGAGCCACCGCCAACAGAUCUCAGUUUCUUUCACCAAGGCAAAUGUAGGCUCUACAUCAAUGGAUCGGUAACGUGGGUGGCAGUCGAAUUCACCAAGAACUCUCUCCAGCAACCUACUUGGACUACAGUGUCCGGAAACGUUUGCCCCGUCUCCCUAGAUCUCAAACCUGAGAAGCUCACAUUCGGCAUCUUGACCAACCCGACGAACUUCAUGCCCAAAAAAGACUUAAUCAAUCUGAAAGGGAGCUUGGAGAUGAAAUUAACUGCGGAUUUUCGGAGAAUGAAACUCUUCAUUCACUUCCCACUCUUCGUUAAUAACCAGCAGCAAUACUACCGCUUCGAUAUCAAAUUUGGUAUCAUCCGGGGCAUCUAUGAAGCGGCCACGAGGCAAGGGACAUUAGCUGUUGUUCUGUCCCUUGCUGACCCCCCUGUGGUAUGGAAGAAACAAAGGAAUUCGAAUAAGGAUGCCUGGGACGGCCGGUCGGUCUGGGAUGAAGAGGAGUUGUGGUAUCGUGCAGUCGAAAUCAAGCCCGAUUCUCAGCGCCCCUUGGCGGAGCCAGUGUCCCUUGAUGAAAAGCCCAAAGUCAUCGAUCUGGGUCAUUGGACAACUUAUUGGAUGGAGUUUACCAAAUCCAGUGAGGAUGCGUGGACCACUAUCAAGACACAUCUCAGGGAUUGGAACGUCAACACAGAGGCUGGUACCAAAGUUAAGCGUAUUGAAGCGCGCGACCCGGAACUUUGGGGCCUGCUGGCUGACCCCGACUACACCACCCUCAAUGCUCAGUCUCCGUGGGACAGCCACCUCGCUCUACUUUCAACUGCGACAAACGUUUCACUGCCUUACGAGGUUCGGUAUCAGUUAGAGGUUUGCGUUUCUCGUGGUAUCAUCAGCGAGUAUGCCAUAGGCCGCGAGUUUCUUGAGAAACUAGCGGAACUAUCAACCCCAGAUGGGCUGGGCCUCAACCGGGCCCGACUACUUCUCGAGUAUGCCGCAGACGAAGGAAAGCCCAUUUACGACCCUCUGAAGCUUUUGACAGAUCGGGAUGCUUUGACUUACUGCCCAACAACGCUGCAUAUUCCGGACUACUGCGCGCUGAUUCGCAAAGUGACGAUCACGCCGACCCGGAUUAUUUUCAGCACUCCCACCGUGGAGACAACCAACCGUGUAGUGCGGCAAUACCACCGGGUUCGUGACUACUUCAUCCGCGUGCAGUUCAUCGAUGAGGUGAUGGAUGGAAGAAUCAGGGCCUCGGAUGCCGACCGGGACGAUGAGUUAUACGCUCGGGUUUGCCGGGUCAUGACGCAGGGUAUCAGGAUGGGCAAGUGGCACUGGAAGUUCCUUGCCUUUGGAAACUCGCAAAUCAGGGAGUCCGGUGCCUUUUUCUUUUGCGAGCCGGAGGAUCGCCUCAUAACUUGCGGCUCGAUACGUCAGUGGAUGGGAAAUUUCGACCACAUUUCAUCAGUGGCAAAGCUUGCUGCUCGGCUGGGGCAAUGCUUUUCCACAACUCGCCUUUUGCGCAGCAUCUCGUCGCCGAUGAUUGUCAAAAUCAGUGAUAUCGAAACCGAUGACGGAUUUUGUUUCACAGAUGGAGUGGGGAAGAUUUCCCCUCCCCUGGCGGGCCUCAUAUCUGAGGCAUGGAAACUCGACCGACCUCCUUCAGCGUUCCAAUUUCGAAUGGGGGGUUGCAAGGGCGUGCUCGUGGAUUGGCCAGAUGCCAAGGGCCUCGAAGUUCACGUUCGUCCGUCCCAGGAGAAGUUCUCCGCCGUGUAUAAUGGCUUGGAGAUCAUCCGGUGUUCUCAGUUUACUUGCCCGACCUUGAAUCGGCAAAUAAUCCUGAUCCUUUCUUGCUUGGGAGUCCCUGAUGAAGUUUUUACCGACAUGAUGGCGGCCCAAAUCGCUGACUACGACAUUGCCAGGACGGACAUGAGCAAAGCCGUGGAGUUACUCAGUACUCAUGUGGAUGAGAAUAUGACGACUACGACAAUUGCGACGAUGGUCUUGAACGGGUUCAUGGACACCGAAGAGCCUUUUGUCAAAACGCUACUUCAGCUGUGGAGGUCUUGGUCCAUCAAAGGCCUCAAGGAAAAGGCAAAGCUGCAUGUCGAGCAGGGAGCCUUUGUGCUAGGCUGUGCGGAUGAGACCGGGGCAUUGAGAGGACAUUCACGGGCAAUCGAGGGCCGAGGGAACGUCCCUAGGAAUUGUUUGCCUCAGAUAUUCAUCCAAGUCCCUGACCCUGAAGAUCGAGGUACAUACAAAGUUAUCACCGGCAUCUGCAUAGUCGGACGGAACCCAUCACUGCACCCGGGCGAUAUUCGAGUGGUUGAAGCAGUCGACGUCCCUCACCUGCGUCAUCUUCGGGAUGUAGUGGUCUUCCCAUUGAAAGGGGACAGGGACGUUCCAAGUAUGUGCUCAGGUGGUGAUCUUGACGGAGAUGACUUCUUCGUGAUAUGGGAUCCCAAACUGCUGCCGCGCGAGUGGGGCCAUCCUCCCAUGAACUACAGCGCGCCGGAGCCGCUCACGGAAUCGAAAACGUCAAUUGCUAAGAGCUUAGCCUUCUUUUUCGUCCUGUUCAUGAAGAACGAUAGGCUGCCGCUGAUUGCACAUGCCCAUCUUGCCACGGCCGAUUUUGAACCUGAAGGAGCGAAGCAUCCAAAAUGUUUGGAACUUGCCAACCUGCACUCAACGGCCGUUGACUACGUCAAGACUGGGAUUCCAGCCGAGUGGAACAAGAAGCUUGCCCCCCGGAAAUAUCCCCAUUUCAUGGAGAAACACAAAAACAUGUCAUACCAUUCAAUGGGCGUUCUUGGGAAGCUCUACGACAUGAUCGACAAGGAUGUCUUUGACAACAGGGACAACUACAAGCUGCGAUUCGACGACCGUAUUCUCAAACGAUAUCACCUGAGCAAUGCCCUCCUCAAAGCUGCCAGGAAGAUUAAAACGCAAUACGACAUCUCCAUUCGCAGGAUCAUGGGUCAGCUCGAGAUCCGGACCGAGUUUGAAGUUUGGACUACAUUUGUCCUUACCAAACCUCGUAUUGGGUCGGACUAUAAGGUCCAGGAGAAAGUUGGCCGUGAGGCGGCGGGUCUGAAGGCGCAAUUUCGCGGUACCUGCCUGAAAGCGGUUGAGGAACAUGGGUUCAACAAGCUGGAGUUUGUUGCCGCCAUGUACACGGUUACGUGGGAGGAAACGCGCAUCGCCCUCCACGAAGCUCGCCAGCCCCAUGUGCUCCCCGACGGCACCAUCGGCCGACGCCGGAUCACGGCACGGUCCAUGCCACUACUUAGCUUUCCAUGGUUGUUCCCUGAUGACCUGGGGAAAAUUGCCCUGAACACAGAGAAGUUGCCGGAUUUGAAGGAUCUGGGGGUUAGCCUCCCCUCGGCGGGUUCGAAGGUCAGCGGAGCGGAUAUUGCAAAGGCGGAGAGGGAAUUCGGCAUCGAGGGCAUGGAGUACACCAAGACGAGCGAUGGCCGGUUCAUCCACCGUGGCGAAGUCCUUCAUUUGUUCCGUCAUCAGGACGAUGGCGAUGACCAAGAGUUCUUCUUCGAGGACGAUGAACCCGACCUUACUCCACCAGAGCUUAACGAUUCCGAGGCGAUGCCGGAGAGUCCCCAAGAGACCCCAAAGGGAGACGACGGAUUUCCAGACCUCCUGGAUUUGGAUUUUACGCCGUUCAUUGAUUUCAAGCCCAUUACACCUACAAUAUCCCCUCCUUUCGGGGAGGUGUUGUCUCCUAAGCACAUUGCAUCCCCGGAAGUCUCUCCUUUUGGGGCGGUGUUGUCCCCCAAGCUUGUGCAAGAAAAGGUGACCGAACCGUCCAAACCAGGUUCCAUCAUCCAGAAUUCCGCUGGAAGUAGCCCCACCGCUGAUACUAGUCUCCUCUCGUUCGAAGACAUGGAGUCGUCGUCCAUUGAGUACAUCCCAAUGCCUGCUCAUGGCUCUGCAGGCUGGGGCUUGGGCCCGGGCUUCAACGGUGCGAGGCUCACCGCUGCUGAGUUAUGGGGACAUGAUAACUCGUAUCCCAACGGAGAUUUGAGCAGCAACGGUGGUACGAAUCAGGUGAUGGGUGGUGUCGAAAGCCAUCUAAAUGGCGCUAAGAAAGUGCCUCAGGAGGAGAAGGACGGUCGAGCCCCGCGACAAGACAAAAACAGCCAUUUGAACGGGCUUAACAACCCCUUUACCUCUCCCAAUGACAUCCUUGGGAAUGGUGGGCAGACGGGAGAGCAGAAAGCGGGAGACAGCAAGGAAGAAUCCGACUCGGAUGGGGAGAUUGUUUACGAGGAAGACAUCAUCGAGAUCGCCGCUGAGACUAUGCUGGAGAAGGCCGCGCGGUUUGCUUAA